AUGCUACCAAAAAACAUUUGUCUUGGGAUUGUAUUUCUCUUUAUGACCAUAGUUGGGAUUACAGCAAACUUCUUCCUCUUUAUCUCUUAUAUGUUAAAUAUCCUUGCUGGCCACAAGAUAAGUUCUUUGAUUCAUAUUUUUACCCAGCUAAUCUUGGUGAACAUUAUUAUGCUUGUUAGCAAGGGAAUCCCACAAAUAUUGCAGGGUCUGCGGAAGAACUAUUUCCUGGAUGAUGUUUGUUGCAAAGUUGUAUUUUACAUUCGCAAAGUGAGUGAAGGUCUUUCAAUUUCCUUGACUUGUCUCCUGUGUAUCUUUCAGGCCAUCACCAUCAGUCAUGGUAAUUCCAGAUGGAUAAAGCUCAAAGUCAGAGCCAUACAACAUAUUACCCACUCCUAUCUCUUUUGCUGGAUUCUCAAUCUGCUGAUAGAAAUACCUGUGUCAUUAAGUGUAAGAGGACCAAAAAGCAAUAGCAACAUUACAAAUGCAUUUGAGAGUAUGUUUUGUACUUUAGAACACGUUGUAAAUAUUUAUUUGAUAAUGAUCAUUUUUAGAAAUGUGCUUUGUUUCGGGCUCACGGGCUUUGCUAGUAGCUACAUGGUGCUUCUCCUACACAAACACCACCAGCAUGCUCAAAAAAUUAGGAGCACCAACCUCUCAUUCAGAAAGCACCCUGAGAUCAGAGCCAUCCAAACUAUCCUUUUACUGAUGAACACAUUUGUCAGCUGUUAUGCAUUCACUUCCAUUUUUACUCUUUGUGUCAGUUAUUUAGGCCAAAAAUUUCCUUGGAUGUUGCCUACUGCCAUCUUUUUUUCAUUAUGUUAUCCAGCCAUCAGUCCCUUUGUAUUGAUCCCAAGAAUGCCCAGGACUCCCUGAACAGUUUUCACCAAGAAAAAGCCUCAUUCUCACACUGGCGUCAACUGUAACAUUGGAAUCAUCAUUAUAAAAUGCAAACUCCUAACAUCCCAAAUGUUCUUGAAAUUGUGA